UUGUGUUUUGUUGGGGUACAACAGCUCCUGCUCUUGUGAGCCAAUCCCCCUCUCUCUCUCUCCCCCUCUCACAGCACAAACACACUCUCUCUUUUUUUUUCUCUCUCUCUCUCUCUCUCUCUCUUUGCUGCUCCCCUGUUUCCUGCUGUGUUUCUUCAUCCUGUCCUCAGAGCCAUCUCAAUCCCACUCCCAACUAGGAUCUACAAACCAGCUCUUCAAGGAAAUGGCUUCCAAACAGAAGACGUGCUACAAGUGUUGCAUAGCUGGAGUACUGCUUCUCUUCUUGGCUAGUAUUGCUGCCCUUGUUGCUGUUGCCGUCAUCCAGGACACUUGGAGGUCCAAAGAGUACAGCUUGGAGUAUGGCAUAGUGAUAGACUCAGGCUCAUCACGUUCCAAUGUGUACCUGUACGAGUGGCCAGGGGAGAAGCACAAUAAAACCGGAGUGGUGACUGAGAAAAUGAACUGUAAAGUCGCUGGUAAUGGCAUCUCAGAGAUGAAAGUUGACCCAGAGAAAGACGCCAAAUCAUGGAAGGGAUUCAAAGAAUGCAUGGACAACAUCACCAAAGCUAUUCCUGCUAAAAAACAUAAAACCACACCUCUGUUUCUGGGAGCUACUGCUGGAAUGAGACUACUACAUGAGAAGGAUGAACAGAGGAGCAAUGAAAUCCUGGAAAGUCUCACAGAAUACCUGAGAUCUUUGCCUUUCAACUUCCAUAAUGCUACCAUCAUUACUGGUCAAGAAGAAGGGCUGUAUGGGUGGGUCACUGUCAACUACCUCAUGGACAACUUUCUCGAGAAAAACCUUUGGAAUACCUAUGUACGCCCAGAAGGGAAAAAUACCGUAGGGUCCAUGGACCUCGGUGGGGCGUCAACACAGAUCGCCUUUGCUGUCCAGGAUGAUCUCAGCGGGCCUGACUACCUGCAUGUCAAACUGUAUGGUUACCCUUACAAUGUUUACACACAUAGUUUCCUCUGCUAUGGCAAAAACGAGGCUGAAAAAAGGGUUCUGGACAAAGUAGUUCAGGAAUCAUCUGACCCCACCUACAUAAAGAACCCCUGUUACCCUAAAGGAUUCAACACCACCUUCAAGGCCUCUUUCAUUUAUGACACAGAGUGCACAAAAAAGCCUAACGGCUACAAUCCAAAUCAAGAACUCUUCUUGGUGGGAACAGGCAACCCAGAAAAGUGUGGCAGCAUAGUAAAAUCCAUAUUUGUUUUCAAGACUUGUAACUCAUCCCAGUGUUCCCUCAACGGGGUCGAGCAGCCGCCCGUCACUGGAGAUUUUCUGGCAUAUGCAGGGUUCUUCUUUACUUCUAAGGCCCUUGGGAUGAAUGGAACAACAGAUCUUGAUCAAUUCAACGCCUCAAUUACGAAAUACUGCAACACAAAUUGGACACAACUAAAGGCAGAAAAGGCAGGAAUAGAUCCCAAAUUUCUCAAGACUUACUGUUUUGCAUCUCACUAUGUCUUCACUUUGCUGGUGGAUGGAUAUAAGUUUGACAAAGAAACAUGGAAAAACAUUGACUUCAAAAGAGAGGUAAAGAAAACCAGCAUAGGUUGGAGUUUGGGCUACAUGCUGAGUAUGUCCAACAUGAUCCCGUCUGAGGUAAAAUAUACCACCCCCAUGACGGACCCCGUCUUUGCCGGCCUUGUCUUUCUAUUUUCAGCACUUACUAUCAUAACUGUUGUCUUUUUUUUCAUCGUCCUCAUUCGCACCUGCUACUGAGAGUGUACAUUACAAGCCGGUCUGCCGGCGCCUGCUGUUAUUCUGUAAGGAGAGGGAGAGCGCUGCAGCAGCAUGUGCCAAGGAUCUACUACAGUAAAAGUUACUGAACUACUGAAAGUUACUAACAAAUGCCUUUUAUUUAAAUGAUGAGUUUUUAUGAAAGUAAGAGCCUCAAAAUGAAAACCUCAUCUUGUGCCUCAGGGAAACUCAUGUAGAUUUGAAUAAUGGGAUCACUUCAGUUUUACUAUUCCAAGCUCCACUAAAGGAAAAUAGUGCUAUUUUACAGACAAAAACAGGUGAUAUAGCCUGAUGAUGAAAGAGCACCCAGAAAUGUCCAUGUGCUUGUUCUUGUUGCACAUUGUGUAAUCAAUGUGCGUUGAAAGCUUGAAAGAUAGAAGUACACACAAAAAGACUCCACAUUUAUGGAAUAAAAACCACCUUAAUAAACAAUGCAUUGAAUGUGCUAUGUGCCAUUGUUUCAUUAUGAUUUUGCCUGGGCUUUCCCUGGGAAAGCUUUCAUUCUCUAUUUUAAGAACAAAAUAUUGUUGGAUAAAUAUUCAAUAUAUAUUCAGUGGAGUAGUCUGAGAAAACUACACCAAAGAAUAAAAAAGUAUCAACACUGACAAUCCACACAUUUCCAGUUUUCAGUGUCAUCUCUACUCAGUGUUGCUGUGAAAGACUUCUGAAUGAGAGAAAGACUUCAAUCAGCAGAGACUAGUUUACAAAUAUAAAGCAUUGAUGCAACAAGGUUAUUUGAGUUUUUUGACUCAAUUUAGUCAGUUUUGUAGAUGAAUGCCAAUCAGUCAGCAACAGACCCCUGAGAGUGGUAGCAACGCUAAGCAUGGCUGAGAGGGAGCAAUGGAUCUGACUGACUGUCUUGAAAACACACUUGAUAAGUACAUCCAAUACAUUUCAUUGGUUGGUGAGCAGCAAGUAAGCAAAUAAGAAUGCUUCCUAUUGUAUGGUCCUUGUUACAGUAUUGGUAAAUGAGUUUCUUUUCUCACAAUUAAGGCAUUACAAAACAAUUAAUUCUCUAUUUCUUUGCAACAUCAUUUCUGAAUGAAAACAGCAUGAAUUCAAAUGUGUGUCUUUUGACAUUCUGUAUACAUGGUUCUCUACUUGGGUAGCUUGUUGUCUUUGCACUUAAGAGAAUUAUGCAUGAUGUGUAUGUAAUGCACUGACUACUAUAUUGGUCCUGUUUUGCUAAUUCUCUAUUCAGUAUAUAAUAAACCUACUAACUGUACCUUUCAUGGCUGUUGUGUGAGA